UGAGUGCACGAGCGCACGCUGGAUAGCGCGCAUGAACUGAACUGUGAAUAAAUCGUUAAUAUUUCUGGUGUUUGUCCUGUUUUGUCGGUCGUGUCCGCCGGUUCUGUGGGACAGAAUGGCCUCGGAGGAAGACGAAGCUCUGCUGUUUUUAAUUUACCAGCAUUUAAAGGUGAACGGCUACAAGAAAGCUGCCAAAGGGCUGGAAAAACACGUAACUCAGGUGGAAACACCAGAGGACAUGUCCAACCUCCAUGACAUCUACACUGGAUGGAUGAAACUGUGCUCUUUAGCUCAACAUGCGAAGGAGGAGACGGGCGACUCCAGCCCAGUGAAGAAGACGGUCAAAUGUGAACCUGCCACCAGCGAAGAAGAAGGGCCUGAAUCCAAACACUCAAACACCACAGAAGAAGAAGAUGUGGACGCCAAACCAAUACUUGAUGAGGUCGAACCUUCCACAGUAGAUGAUCAGCUUCUUGGUCCGACCCCUGAAAUCCAAAUAACAAACAAAGAAGAAAAAAGGAAAGAAGAAAUCCAAAUGGAGCAGGAGUCUGCUCUAGUGUUCGCUGAGGAACCAAACAAUGUGGAAAACCCCAGCUCUGACUCCUCAGACUGUGCAGGAGCGGUUGAACCACCUCAGGGUGAGUCCAGCUCAGUCAGCCCAGAUCAACCGGACCCUGAUCCGGCUCCAGAUCAAACGCAGACCCUUGAUCCGGCCCCAGCCCCCAGCCCAGUCAGCGAGGAGCCCGAUCAGGACGCAGACGAGCUGCAGCAGGAGCCUGAAGCAGACGCAGCUGAAACAUCAGACCAGACACCUGUCAGUCAAACGUUGGCACCGCCCCCAUGCACUCAGGAGCCAAUUGAGCCACACUCCUCAGAGACCGGAGAAGGCGCUCCAGAAGAGGACCCUGGCCAGGCACCGCCCACCGCCACUGCAGAGCCCAAUGAGAAGCCAGCUGACAUGGAAGCCCCGCCCCCCACAGACCCUGAAACUGACUCGACUGGUGAAAAUCAACAGGAGGAAGUAGAGGAGCAGAAAUGUGAGGAUCCAAAGGUGGAUGAUCUGACGCCAUCGGUGAAUCCUGAGGUCCAGAUGGAGACGUCAUCAUCAGAUCCUGCUGAUCCUUCACUCAGUGUCCAUGUUCAGGAAAUGGAAGCUGCUGUGAAGGAACAGGCAGAUCCAGAUUCCUCCAUCCUCCUGAACAUUGUUGGUGACGUCAGUGCAGAGGUGACUGAAUCCUGUGGAGACCAAACUCCAAAGAAGAAGAAGAAGAAGAAAAAGAAGAAGGGGAAUGCAGAGACAGCAGCCACAGAUACUUCAACCUCAGAAACAACCAGUGAAACCUCCACCAAGAGCCCCAAGAAGAAGAAGAAAGACAAGAACAAAGAGCAGGAGGAACAGGUGGAGGUGCAGGAGGACGGAGAGGAGGAACAGGUGGAGGUGCAGGAGGACGGAGAGGUAGCACAGGAAGCUCUGUCAGAGAAAAAGAAGAAGGCAAAAAAGAGGAAAAGAGAUGAAGAAGUGGAGAAAGAUGAGAAAGAACAUAUCAUUCCUGUAGAAACAAAAAGCAAAAAAAAGAAGAUGAAAGACGUAGAAGAGGAGAAGGAGGAGGAGGAGCAUCCUGUUAGUUUGACUGACACAGCAGCAAAAAAGAAGAAGAGGAGAAAGAGGAAGAAGGGAGGACCUGGAACAGAGGAGGUGCAUUCUGCUGAACAGCCAGCAGAGGGCGACACAGACAAAGACAUGACACUGGAGGCAGCAGACGGCGGUGGAUCUCAGCUCCACUCAGCCAAAAAGAAACGCCUCAGAAAGAAACUGAGCCUGAAGAAAAGAUUAAGGAUCCAGAAGUACGAGCGAAGAAGCAGCAGUGCUCCAGUCGAGUCCCAAACCAAAACCUUCACCAGCGAAAAAAAACUAAAGCUGAUGGAGACCCCCCGUCAAAAAGCAGCCAAGAGACCCCGACCAGAGUCAGCGCCAGAUGACAAAACACCAACGAAGAAGAAGAAGCUGAAGGCUGAACAGGAGGAGAACUCCUCCAAAGAGAAUCAACCCCCGAAGAAAAAGAAAAAGGGGAGGAGUUUGUCUGGGGAGGGGGAUAGUGGUGCAGUGAGCGACCUGAGCGCUGCAGAUACACCGACAAAACCAAAGAAGAAGAAGAAGAAGAAGACGGUGCAGCAGAUGGAGAGUUCAACCCCCGUCACCUCCAGCCGACAGGAACCAGUGAAGAAAAAGAAGAAGAACAAAUUAAAGCUGAAAGACACAGAAGCUGCUGCUGCCUCCACGAAGAAGACCUCCAAGAAGAAGACCAACUCUGAUUAAAUCUGUUGUUGUGUGCGAGCAGAUCAGAGGAGGUGGGUUAUGCAUUAGGUCAGUGCCUUCCCUCUUUAACAUCGACCACAGAACGACUCCACAGACUCCUCAAAGGUCGGCCACAUGUUCUUAAACUGUGAAAAAACACGUACGUACAUGUUGAACGUCAGCAGACUGGAGCUUUAUCUGAACACGUGUAAACAGAAACAGCUGCUUUAGAAACAGACAGAAAACAGGUGACAGAGCGUUCAAGUGUGUUCAGUUAGUGGGUUUAAGCAUAGAAGGACAUCUACUGGUUCUACAGACGACGAAGAAGUUCUACCUAAACUAAAGCUAUAGUGUGUGAUAGGAGGACAUCUGGUGGUGAAGUUCCAAACAGCAGAAAACUGCCCUCACUGUCAUCCACAAAAAGUAACAGCAACAGUUCUGUUCUUCUGCUCUGUUUACUGAAGACAUGUGUUACAUUCAAUUAAACAUCAAAAAACAUGUGUAACAUUAAAUUAAAAAUAAAAUAAACGUGUGUAACAUUAAAUUAAAAAUAAAAUAAACAUGUGUAACAUUAAAUUAAAAAUAAA